CAAUUCCACUACCCCCUCUAGCAACAUCGAACUUCCCUGCUCAAGAUGGACUAAAAUAAGGAAUUUCUGCGCAGAUUUCAUCUAUAUUUCGCCAAAUUUGCAGCUUCACUACACUGCUUUGACGAAAUAUAAUAUAAACUGUUUGAAAAGGUCCUUCAUGACUGCAGGGAAAUGUGAGAUCUGUUAAUCAGGAUGAACUCCGUCCUGGUCUCUUCGGAGGCCAGUGCUUUGUCUAGUGCUGGAGCACUGACCAUUAACACCUCCCAGAUCAGCACAGGCAUGCUUAGCGACGGCAUGAGUGAGCCAAGCUCACCAGAAAGCUCAUUUGAUACUUCAGACCUUUUGGCCAAUGGAAUGUCGGAUGAAAUCACAAUUCAGCUUGCAGCAUCUGGAACUGUAGGAAUGGCAGCUGCAGCAGCUAUAGCCAGUGGCAUCAGGAGAAAAAACAAGAGGCCACAUAUUUUCGAAACAAAUCCUUCCAUUAGAAAACGUCAGCAGACCAGGAUUCUUCGGAAACUGAAGGCAACUAUUGAGGAAUACACUACAAGAAUUGGUCAGCAGGCAGUGGUGUUGUGUUGUACCCCUGGGAAAUCCUCAAACUCCCACAACAACUACAAAGUGUUUGGCUCCCAGCCCUUGGAGAAUGUGGUGAGGAGCUGUAAAGGUGUGGUGUUGCAAGAUUUAGAAUCUACAUUAUCCGAGCAGCUACCUGCAAGUCAUUCAGAAGCAAGUGGUCUGCAUGAGUUGCCUCCCCUGUCAAUCGAUGGAAUACCUACCUCAGUAGACCAAAUGACACAGGCCCAACUACGAACAUUUAUACCAGAGAUGCUGAAGUACUCAACGGGUCGCAGUAAACCUGGAUGGGGCAAGAUGGAAUGUAUUCCUGUCUGGUGGCCUAAAGAUAUACCCUGGGCUAAUGUCCGUAGUGAUGUCCGGUCUGCGGAGGAAAAAAAGAGGGUGUCGUGGACGGAAGCUCUGAAGAUGAUGGUGAAGAACUGUUACAUUCAUCAUGGUCGAGAUGAUCUGCUCUACUUCUUCAGUGGUGACCAGGAACAUCACAAUCCCGCCGCACAGACAAUGCUACAGACCAUCAAUAACCCUGAUGGCACUGUUUCUAUUAUACAAUUAGAUACAGGUCCAAACCAUGUUGUCACUCUUCCGGAUGGUACCCAGGCCACUGUAGUGAAUUCGGUAUCCCAGGUUCCACAGGAAGCCACACAUGCCGUCCAGACUCUUGCCGAGGCGGUGGCCAGUAGUCAGGAGAUACAGCUCAGGACCAUGACCCCUGUACAGGUGGAGAUGAAUGUGGAGUCGGUGGGACAUGGCAUGGCCACCAUCUCAGACGACGGUCACAUAAUACUGACAGGAGAUGGCAAUUUACCAGGAACAGGUUUGAUGACAAUACCAGGCAUACCUGUGUCCAUGUACCACCAGAUGGGAUCAGCAGUUACUUCCCUUGCCCAGCUGCAACAGCAUGGAAGUAUACAGGUGAUCACAAAGCAGGAACCUGGAGGACUGGGAGACAUGUCACAGGAAGUGAUGUCAGACCAGUGUGUACAGGAAGUCAUUCACGUCAUGCCCAACUCUAUUGAUAAAGACGCCAAGCUGGCACAGUCCUGACAGCACUCACAAAAGGAUAUGUUAUUUGCAAUAUUUAUUAUUUGUGUUAUUGUUGAACUUUAAAAUACUUUAAACAUACUGAUACAUCUGUUAGUGUAAGCAAAAUCAUGAAUACGUGCAGUCAUCACAUUAAAAUUGCUAAUGGUAGGAAUCUACAAUUAUACCAUGUCAAUUAAAAUUUGGUUAUCAACAUUGAUCAUAGAAUAAGAACUCUGUUUCAACUGAAAUAACUUUAUUCAGUAUUAUUUUUUACAAAUACACUAUAUAGUGUCUGAAUUCAAGAUGCCUGAAGAGUUACACAUUAUUCUAAAUAUGAUUCUCUUAUAUAUUAGAAAUUAAACAGACUUAUUUAAGCAUCAAAAUAUUAUCAUUAUUUAUUUAUGUCUGAGGCCAAACAAAAUAAUCUCUAUUCUUUCAGGUCACUUCAAUGUAUUGCAUUUCAAAUUUAAUUCUGGUUUAAUACAUACACCAUUUUUUCAAUUUUAGAGCAAAUGUUAUAAAUCCCAAAUCAGAGACAAAUUACGAAUUGCUAAUGCAACCAUUUCUUCAAAGACAUGUUUACACUUCGUACGGUUUGUUUCAAAUAUAAUGAAUAUGAACUUGUCCAGCAUGCAUUUUGCAUUUCACAAACAUCAAGUUGCUGACACAGUGUAUGUUAAGAGUAUUUAAAUGAACUCCAUUGUUCAGUGAAUGUCAGACUAAAGAGUCAGAUUUUAUUAUCUUUUUGCAAAUAAUUUAAAAUACUUUAUAUUAUGUGAAUUUUUAACAUGUUUUAUUUUACAGUGUACAUCAUUUUCUUUCAUCAGUUGUAAAAUCAACUGUGUACAAUGCUACAUGUAUGCACUGAACCGCAUGGUACUGUACAAUGUACUACUCCUACAUAGUACAAGCAUUUUUGUUUUACAACUUCAGAAUCUUUCUACAGCAUGUGUGAUCAGAAAACAUAUUUACUGUAUGCUUUGUUCAAGAUUUAAAGAGGUAUUCUUCAAAUAUAAUGUAUUUCACUACCGUCGGUUUGGCCAAUUUCUAGUCCAUUUUAUCUUUUCCGUUUUGACAUGACUGUCUAGUAAUUAUGCUCUAAAUUCUAGAUCUAAAUUGCAUCAGAAUAACGCCACACUCAUUUCAUAAUAUAAAAUUGUGACAUGUACUACCACAUUCGUCAUAAUUAUGCAAAUGUUUUUUUGGAUCUCACAAUGUACCCUAUUUUAAGUAGUAUAUGAGUUCACAUUGACCAAUUUUCAAUAUAUACAAAUGUGUAGAAUAUUUUAAUAAUUCUUCAUUGGUGGUGAAUAAUAUUAUUUUAACCCUAAAAUUUAUCAGUAAAACUUGAUUUUGAGUGUUUUGGUGAAAAAAUCAGUAUGAUUAAGAAAAAUAUCAUCUAAAUUGAAUGUUUUAACUUGAGAACUUAAAAAUUGAAAUUAAUUUCAAUGGGUUUUCCUUUUUACAGUAUUAAUCUGUUGACUUAACUGUUUACUUAAUAUUGUAAUAGGGGAAUAUAGAUUAAUGAUUAAACGACUUCACAAUAAAUACAGCUUAACCUAUUUGAAACUAAUUAGGUAUAGAUGCCAAUGUCCUAGUGCAACAUUUGAGGAUGUGUCCAAGGGCUCAAAGUUUAGGUCCAGUUUUGAAGUUUGUUUCGUAAUUGAUCAAAAAUUCAAAUAGUUUAGGUAGGUUUGCACUCCUUUUGUCCGUCCUUCCGUCCAAGAAAGUUUGUCCAGGACUUAUCUUCUAUACUAUUUCACCUGGAGUUAUAAACCAGAUUUGGUGUAAAAUGACAUCUUUGGGUGACAAAGUGCAGAGUGUAAGAAUUAGGUCACUGUGACUAUGACUUGACCUUUGACCUUAACUUUUGAAAAGUUUGUCCAGGGCAUAUCUUUUGUAAUUUUUCACCUGGAGUAACCAGAUUUUGUGUACAAGGAAUCUUAGGAUGGCGGAGUGCAGAGUUCAAGAGGAGGGUCUUUUGACCUAUGAUUUGACCUUUGACCUUUUCUUUUGAAAAUGUUUGUCUGGGGGUAUCUUCUCUACUAUUUGCCCUGGAGCAACCAGAUUUGGUGUUCAAAGAUCAUUUCUUAUGGCGGAUGCGCAUGCAGAGUGCAAGAAUUAGGUCAGUGUGACCCAUGACUUGACCUUUGACCUUUAUUUUUCAAAAAGUUUCUCGGGGCAUAUCUUCUAUACUAUUUCACCUGGAGUAACCAGAUUUGGUGUACAAGGAUAUAUUGGGAUGGCAAAGUGCCAGAAGUCUGUAUCAGGAUACUUUCCUAACAGUAGGUACAUACAUCCUGACUUGCCUUGUAACCACUGAUUAAAAUUUAGGAUGGUGUUUAAAUGCAGAUGAUAGUCAUACAAAUGAUCCUUUUAUGAUCUUAACCUAUUAUAGUUAUUUGUAGGUCAAUUAUAAAUCUUAUGUGGUUGAUGUUUGGGUAGAUUGCUGUUGUGGCCACUGAUUGGUGGAUGACUUUUUAGAAAUUAUUGCAAAACUAGAAAUGAGAUUUACUCCAGAUUGUAUCUUGUACUGGAAAAACAGAUUAGUGAUUCAUGCCUAAUUGGUAUCUUGUUUUCAAUAUUUAAAUCAUAUAACAUCACGUUAAUGAAGAAGCAAUUCAUGCAAAUGAGUCUGGGGACCUGCUCAUUCCCAUAUAUAUCCAUAUAAACUAUAUUGCAAGUACAAUGUACAUAUUGUGUAGGAAACACUGUUUUUACAGAUUCACAAGAUCGUUGAAUACCUUUUUUAUUUUGAAGCAACUUUACCAAUACUUUCGUGGAUUUUCAGUUCCCACGUUAAUAUAUUUAUGGUUUUCAAUAUUUAAGCAUAAGCUUGUAUUAGUUGACCUUGAAGCUGACAUUGAAGGAUUUAUCUACUAUUGUAUUAAUAUUAUAACUAGGAUGCAAAUCUAGAUUGUAUAUUAUGACCAUGACAUUUGUAAAUUAAACUUUAUUUAUAUUAUAACAAUUGUGAAAUAAAUUCUAUCAACUCAUACUUAUCACUCUUGUAAGUCCGGAUGGUAGGUUGCAAGGGGUCUUCAUGUGUGAAGAAACUGGAAUACUCAGAGAAAACCCACGUGGUUAGGCAGGUGGCCUCCUACAUUUUCAUGUCAGAUCGAGAAUCGAAACCCAACCGCCUUUGUGAAAGGCCAGAGCGCAAUCCACUACGCCACCCGAACACCCAUUUGACUGAAGCAUUCUGUAUAUUGCACUAUUCCAAAGAUAUACGUUUGAUGUAUGUUUAUGAAAAUAUAAAAAGAUGGUACUAGGUUGUAUGUUGGCUACAAUCUGUGUAUCAAACUGAAAUUGUAAGCCAAAUAUUGUUACUAUAGUGUUAGUGAUACAACAUAUAAAGGAUGGACAAUCUGCUGUUCUUCUCUACAAUAUGUUUCGUGUGUAUUGAAUACUGAUUAGGACGAUGAUCCUAUCUAUGCUAUUGAGAAAUGCAUGGAUUGGUAAAAAGUUUUUUAACUUGGUGUUUGCUUCAUAUUUUAAAGAGGGAGUUGUUAAGCUUGAAAAGCGUGCACGUGUAUGAUACGAUAGAAAGGGUAAUUUUCAGAGUAGUUAUUUUUCGCACGUUUUGUGGAAGAAAGGAAAUCACAAGUUACUAAGUUCAGCUAAACAAUUUUACUAAAUAAUUUAUAUGAAAAUUGUUUUCGGAUAACCGAAGGAUAAUUAAGACUUUGUUUUCUUUUUAUCUUUGAAACGGUUAUGAAACCGAAAAUUAUACAACGCACUUCUUUACUAUAAACGCGAAAAUAUGGUUUACCCCCCUUAUAUAACAUAUUUUAUGAUUUGUUAGGAAUAACUGUUUACAUUGUCAGCUAUAAACAGAACCAUUGCUGUGUCAGUCACUUUACUGUUAUAACAAAUAUCCGGCAAAUCCUGUUGAAAUGUUAAUAAAAAUAUUGUUA